CCAUCAGUUCAAAAUGUUGAUCAGACGAAUCAAAACGCUUCUCUUAGCGCUUAUUUUGUGCAGCUCUGUGACCGAAAUAUCAUGCUCGAUCGGAUACGAGAUACUUGGGGCCUCGUUAGAUAUUAUGAACUCAUACUUGAAGAAUGUAACCCAAGUUUUAUCGGAACUCCAUCAAACAUAUCAAAAUGAUAUGGGGGAACUUCGGCGGAAGGUGGAAAAUACUGAACAAAUUGUCGGGAACAUCGAGAAAAGAAUUCAAAGCCUGGGAAAAGAUAUCAAAACAGAGCCACAAAACGAAAAUGACAAAAGAAAAGGAACCUUACAAACGUGCUUCGAUGUUCGGAAUUUCCAAUCCAGAAUAUAUCAACUACAGCCGCAAAACUUAUCCCUGAGAUCGUUCAAAGCUUUAUGUGACAACGAUUAUUCGGAUGGAGGCUGGACGGUGAUCCAGAAUCGUUUCAACGGCUCCGUGAACUUCUACAGAGGCUGGAAGGACUACGAGGAAGGAUGCGGUGAUCUGGAAGGCGAAUUCUGGUUGGGAUUAGAGAAGAUUCAUCAACUCACCUCUUUCAAGCGGCACGAGUUGCACGUGCUUUUGGAGGACGUCGAGGGUAAUUCCAAGGUGGCCCAAUACGAUGACUUCCGGGUGGCCGAUAAGGCAGAAAUGUACACGCUGGAGAGCAUCGGAAAGUACAACGGAACAGCAGGGGACUCGCUUCAUUUUCAUCGCGGUGAAAAGUUUAGCACUUUCGAUUCAGACCCUGCUCGAUCUUUUGCAAAAGAUUUUGGUGGUGCUUGGUGGCACCAUAGUUUAUUCCAAACCCAAAGCAAUCUCAACGGAAAGUAUCGUAGUGACAUGUACUGGAGCAAUUCGGAUUACACCAGGUAUUUUGUCAAGAGCUCACGAAUGAUGAUUCGGGUGAAAGUUUAGUUGACAACGAAUGCUGAGCUCAGAAGAUCGCCCGAGGUUUUUCAACCCAAGCUGCUUAUUUAUAUCAGAUAAUGUUAGGUACCGUAAUCCGGGGUAGUAUCGAUAAUUUUUUUCAAUAUUUUUCGAUUAUUUUUCCAAUUAAGGGGAAUGUGGCAUGUUUCAUAUUUUCAAAACCAGUACUGGACUCCUAUGAACGUAAAACAUGGUUGCAGAAAUUUAUUGGACUACUUUGAAUUUGAUUUAAAAAUCGAUUUCUUCGCUGUUUAGGAAUUGAUACUUUGGGGUUACAUUGAUCAGUCUCCAUUUUUACGGUUUUAACGAGUUUUCUUGAUCGUAAAGGAUACAAAAAACCUUCAAAAUUGUUUACAAAUUCUAAUUUAUCAAUUUUACCUUGCUUUUAAACGUUUUCGUCUAAAAACAUUUCUAAUCGAAAAAAAAACAACGAUGCUGCAUACAUCUUGGAGCAAUAAUAAAUAUAAUUGCUAAAUAGUUUAAGCUUCAAAAUACAAAUGAAAUUUUACCUUCACACAUUCCCCUAGGCCCUCCCACUAUUUCUAUUUUAAUUUUUUCUUCAAAGUUAAUCAUUUGAUAUAGGAUUCCUAUCCAUUUGUCCAAUAAGGGCUUAUUCUUGGAAAAUGUUCUUACUUUUUAAAUAUUAAAAAUUUAUCAUUAAAUGACUGUAAAAAUAGUACUAUCCCAAGUAACAUUUUUAAUGCUGCAAGGUUUUGUAAGAAAAAAGGGAGGUUUUUAUGGGCAUUGAGAGAGAGUUGUUAGUUCUGAAGCGUAAUUUUAGAAGACCACUGUAAAAACUAUCUUCAAAACAGCUACACAACUUUUAUACAACCUAUUUUAAGAACAAUGCCAAAUUCAAGAUUAUUCUUUUCCCCCGUUUACAUACUGGUUUUUAAGUCCACUAUAAAGCAACUUCCAAACCUUGAUACAAAACCACCCAAAUGUCGAAAAACGGCUUGAAAAAAAGAAAAAAAAAACUUUUUUAUUUUUAACGUAAACAAACUGUAGGAUUCUGUUGUGAAAAAGUAGAAAUUUUAUCUAGCUGUGCAAUGGCUAAUAGAAGCAGCUCAACCUUCAAUUAUCUCACCGGAUGGUGCAUAAAGAAUUGUUGGCAAUAUGCAGCAACCCGAAAUGGACGUGGUAGUAAAGUCCGACAGAUCCUUCAAUUGCAUUCACAGCUGUGUCAAACGGUUUCCAUAGGCAUUCCCGGAGGAACUUACAUAUAUUUCUGAUCUGAUGUAUCUAACAUCA